AUGCCCGACUUGAACUCGGUGCCCGCCUCGCCUCAUCCCCAAGCGACGUCUUCACGCCGCCAGUCCAGCAGCCUUCAGAUGGCUACCGCCGCCGCCGCCGCUGGGCAGGCCGCCACCUAUGCCUCGCCCGGAAACAUCACGCCAUCUUCGUCGCUCAACAUUCUCCCCUCCAACCAGUCCGCCGUGAACCACCCGCGCCAGCAAGGAAGCGCCGCUGCCUCAUCCCUCCCCUCGCCACACCUUACUUCUGCCCAGAUCGCCCACCAGCCCGAGCUUACCAGCGGUCCUGGUCCUCUGCGACAUCCUCGCCCCAUGACUACAUCUGAGCUCCACAUGGAGCUCGAGAAAGAGCAGGAAGCUCUAGUUAAUCGCCUCACCCGCGAGCUAUCCCUCCUGCGAGCCACUCACAACGCCUCCGUAGCUUCGAAUGCGUCCUCGACCUCGGCGGCCACCAGUCACGACCCCAUCACCGAGACAUCGCUGCUGUCCGGAUCGGGCUUCUCCAUACCCACCACCAGACGCCACCAUCGCACAUCGUCUACCGCAAGCCAGACUCACCAGCUUGCAUCCUCAUUUGACGGCCGUGGCACGCACUUUCCCCGACCACCGGCGCCGGUGCCACUCUCGCGACAGGAUAGCACCGCGUCGCGAUCCAGCCAGGCCGCCCCGGGUGGCGGCGUGCACCUGACCGGUGUCGGAGCUGGGCCCGGCGCCGGCCUAGACCCCUCGAGCUACUUUCACAACCAGCGCGUGCCACACCAUGCUGCUUCCACUUCCGUGGCAGCGACACCAGGCAGCAGCUUCGGCGGCGACCACAUGAGCCCAUCCUUCGUCCCCGCGACCUCUCGCUACGAGGAGGCGACCUUUUACCGAAACGAGCUCGAGAUAGCCAAGAAGGAGAAUGAGAUGCUCAAGAAGCGCGUGCGUGAGCUGGAGAAGACGGUGCGCGAGCGCAGAGAGAGCAGCACCAGCCGACACGUGCGCAGCGAGAGUGUUAGCACCACCGCGAGCGCAAAUGUCGUGCCAACAGGCGGCGCCAGCAUCGCAGGCCCGCGUGACAAGGGCCGCUCCAGCGCCAGGCAGAGUGUUAUGAGCGUGGCCGUUGGAGUCCCAGAGGACGAAGUCAAAGUGGGCGAGAGCGCUGCCAGCUAUGCCACCCGCGACGCCGGCGUAUAA